GAAUGGCAAAGCAACGAGUUAUUAGGAAAUGAUCAAUUAGCCGCUCGGCGUUCGAUCGCCGUCGUUGGUUCUUCAGCGGCAUUCGAGAUCGGCGGGCAAAUGGAAGUGCUACGGAAAAUAUUGAAAACGGAGACCAGCUGUCGCCUCUGCUGGCUGCUUACCUUGUUGUUGAUAUUCCCUUUGUUGGGAUGUUCAGAGACCACUGAAGGGUUCGAGUGGCCCACUCCCGAACCAGAUCUCAACAUAGACGAAUGCCAUGAUGAGUUUACCAUUGCAUGUGCCAACGCCUCGCAAGCGUACUCCGAUUCCUACGAUCUGUGCCAACUGAACGCCAACGAAACCAUGAUAAGUUUGGAGGUCGAUGUGGAGCUGGAGCGAAUGCAAAUCGAGCUGGGAUCCAGUGCGGUGUGCGGAAGUCUGCGGAUCUGUGACACCUUGGUGGACGAUCUGGAAUACUUCAAGUGCAUCAACGAGAACGGAACUCGCAACCUGGACAUCUUGACCGAAAUAAAUUACAAUGCCACAAGUGCUUACACACGUCUGCAUGAGGACUACGAUGCAGUGCACAGGAUAUUCCUGCUUUGCAGCCUGGAUGCCCAAAAGAACUACAUGGAGGAUCUUAGGCAGGCCCACAAGGAGCUAACCCAGUGUCGAUCGGAAGUCGAUGAGCCAAUACAGUAAACAUGGCUUAUCUGUUGCUAUGUAAACAGUAAGAAAAAAGGUGAAUAAACACCAUUUAUGAAGGCAAAUUACUGCCAAUUGAUAUUAAUUUCCUAGAAAAAACUAUUAAUAAGAAAAGAUACUGUAAAGAACUUAUUUCCUUAAAAACUUAAGAACGAAGUAGUAUAAAGGAAAUGGUUCAAGCUUUAGGACAAACAAUGUAUUCUAUUAAAGAUAAUCAGCUGAUUCAAUAUUUAGUUCUUAAAACAAAUAUAUAAUCUCAAUUAACCUCUAAAACUUAAAAGUAUGAACAAUGUAGAUGUGUUAUAAAUAUAAAAGAACAAAUACUGA